AUGAAUUCGUUACGUUUAUCAGAUUAUUUUCUUUUCAUCAUUAUUUUAGUGAUCAAAUGUGAGAAAAUCCAUAAAACAGAGACCAACGUCAUAGAUGGGACAAAAAUUGAUCCAAACAACAAGGACGUCAAAGAUGGGACAAAAAUUGAUCCAAACAACAAGGACGUCAAAGCUGAGUUUAAUACCACUGAACAAACUACAAAUACUGAAGAUCCAAAUGCAGAGAAUACCAACUCCGGUUUCGGAAGAAUAAUGCUCUAUAUCCUAGCUGGGUUAUUCAUUUUGGCUAUAUUGGCCGCUAUUGUGGGUUGUAUUGUAUUACGUUAA